CCAAGUCGACUCUCACCGAGGCGUUUUGUACACGAUGAAGCGUUGCCCGGCUCCGCUGUUAUCGUAUCAUUUCGGGCAGUCACCCCAGUCUUUGAAGGAAGUCACACUGGGUCUAAAGUAGUUUCCUCCCUGAACGUGGCAGAACCUCGGUGGGUUUUUUGUUUUUGUUUUUGUUUUCUGGAUCUCUGCUUUUUAUUCGGGCAGGCAGGACCGGAUUCAAAGGCCAGUUCCGCGGCGGGCGCUUUCCUUCCUGAGGGCGACGCGAGGCUGUAGAAAGUGUACUUAGAUCCUAGAAUCUAAGGGUGGGCCCCGAGGCGGAGGGGGCUGGAAGAAGCAGCUCUGAACUCAGAAUCAAUCCAGAGGCGGUUUAAAAUAAGUCGGAUUCCAGAUCUCUCGUCAGACCUACCGACUCGGAAUUUCCGCGGACCCGGGCAGGUCUGCAUUUUCGCAGCCUGCAGCUGUAAUUGCCGAGCAGUGUGAGGACCAGAAGCCUGAAUGCAGCUCACUCCUCUCCCAACCUGCCCGUAAGAGCCUUUAUUCUGCUUUUAUAUCCACGAACAACUUUUAUUUCCUUUAAACCAGAGUUAGGGGUUGGGUGAUCUUCUGAGGGUGCAGCGGGGCCGCGCCUUGGGUUAUGCAAGCAUGCGCGCUGGCUGUUUUCAGUUUCCUUUCGGGACCCGGCGGCAGUGCGAGACGUCUGCGCAGAGAAAGACGCCAGUGUGCCGGAUCACACAGUCUUCAUUACAACCUCACGGUGCUGUCCCGGGAUGGAUCUGUGCAGUCCAGCUUUUUCGCUGGGGGACACUUGGAUGGCCAGGCCUUCCUGCACUAUGACCAUGAGACAGGCAGGGUAGAGCCCCGGGGACCGUGGGCAGAAGAGCUGGGAGCUGAGACGUGGGACACAGAGUCCAAGGACUUGACAGAGACCUGGAAGGACCUCAGAAAGCUUCUAGGAGAAAUCCUGGCCCUGCAGGAGGAGAAAGGAGGUGUGAAUUCCCUCCAGGAGAUGGUGGGCUGUGAAAUCCAAGAAGACAACCACGCCUGGGGCUUCAGGUUUCUCUACUAUGAUGGGGAGCUCCUCCUCUCCUGUCACCCAGAGACCCAGGGUUGUACAGUGCCCUAGUCCUUGGCUCGGAACUGGGCCGUGGAAAUGGAGAAGUCCAGGGACACAGAUGGCUUUCAAAGCAAGUUUUACUGGGCCCACGUGCAGGGAGAGCUUUGUGGAAGACUGCGGGGCUAUCUGGAAUCCUGGACAGGCUUCAGGGAGAGAACAGGGCCCCCAGCCGUGAACGUGACCCACAGCCAGGACUCGGAGGGCACAGUCAACCUCACAUGCUGGGCUUUCGGCUUCUUUCCCCGGAAUAUCUCAGCGGCCUGGUUUUGGGAUGAGGAACCCAUGAGGCGGGACGCCUAGCAGUAGGGUGUCCUGCCUGAUGGGAACGGCACCUACCGGUCCUGGGUGACCAAAAGUGUUCCCCAAGGAGAGGAGCAGCGGGUCCAGCGCCACGUGGAACACAGCGGGAAUCACAGUGCACACCCUGCGCCCUCUGGACCCUACCAGGUUUUGGUCACUCAGAGGGAUAAAAUAUCAACAAGAAUUUACUCAUAUUACAACAUUGACCCAUCAUACUAAUGCUAAAUU